ACUAGGGUAGCGUCUAGAUUGUUUUCGUGCAGAGGACCUAUCCCAUAACCCCCUGGCUCCAUGUCACAAUCUAUUUGGAAUAGAAAAGUGUGGCGAGCGAAGCGAGCGUCCAAUGCUGCAUAGAAAACAAAAAAUACCUCAAACGGACGGAGAACGAAGAAGACAUUUAGGAGCUGUAAGAGCAGAAGUUCUCCCAUUCCCUCUCGUUUUGUCACGUCCAGGUCCUUUACACGAAGGCAACAUAGACACAACCGUUUAGACAAUUGAGCUGCGAGGAACACAAGCCUUUAUUGCAUCACUGAUUCGCUGAGGAUGGACAAGGACAGGAGUCACAUGACUGAAGGGAUAGUAAAUCUUUCCCUGGAGAUCAUCUACCUGAUGAUUGGAGAGGAUUACACAGUAGUGAAGAAGACAUCCGGUGAGUGUAAGAAACCCAGUAGCCAUCCCUGUGUGUCAGGAGGAUGGAGCAGGACCCGGAGACCCAUCACGGUGCCUCCACCUCACUCACUGAUACAUGAGAGAGACAAUGACCAGAAGAUCCUGGAACUCACCAACAAGAUCAUUCAGCUGCUGACUGGAGAGGUUCCUAUAAGGUGUCAGGAUGUCACUGUCUAUCUCUCCAUGGAGGAGUGGGAGUAUUUACAGGGACACAAGGAUAUGUACAAGGAUGUGAUGAUGGAGAAUCACCUGACCCUCACAUCACUGGAUGGGUCCAGUUACAGGGAUUCCCCAGAGAGAUGUUUCGGUCCUCCUUAUUCACAGGAUGGCACAGAGGAGAAUCAUAGGACCCCACAGGAGAAUCAGGGUAAAGGUCUGACUGAUAAUAAAGUAGAAGAUAUAGAGGGAGAAGAAGAGAUGUAUGUGAGGGGUGAUCAGCAGUGUAAGGAGGAGGAAAUCCCUACAGAUAUCAGCACAGAUGGACCCAGUAACAGAGAUACCCCAGAGAGAUGUCCCCGUACUCUGUAUUCACAAGACUCUACAGAGGAGAAUCACAGGACCCCACAGGGGGAUCGGGGUAAAGGCCUGAUUGAUGUUAAGGUAGAAGAUAUAGAGGAAGAAGAAGAUAUGUAUGUGACUCGUAUAAAGGUAGAAGAUAUAGAGGAAGAAGAAGAUAUGUGUGUGACUCAUAAAAAGGUAGAAGAUAUAGAGGGAGAAGUGACGUAUGUGAGGGGUGAUCACCAGUGGAAGGAGGAAGAAAUCCCUACAGAUAUCAGCACAGUAGAUGGGCACACAAGCAAGAAUACCUCGGGGCAAGAUCGCAUUAUGUCUUCAGAUUCUAAAAAAGAAGAUAAGAACAUACAAGAGUUUCCAGAAGAAAACUCCAUUAUCCUAAAAAUACAUCCAGAACUUCCCAGUGCAGAUAUUUCAUGUGGUCCCUCUAGUCACAGGGAACCGUCUCUUGAUAAUUCAGAUCUUGCUACACACAGUACAGCUCAUAAUGAUGAAACAGUAUCAUCCAGUACUGAGUUUGGUAAAAGUCCUAUGCAUCAGUCAGUUUUUGAUAGACAUCAGCGAUCUCGUACAGAUGAGAAACCAUUUCCAUGCUCUGAGUGUGGGAUACGGUUUACAUAUAAGUCAUUUCUUGCUAGACAUGAGAUAAGUCACACAGGUGUGAAACCAUUUUCAUGCUCUGAGUGUGGGAAAUGUUUUAUACAGAACUCACAUCUUGUUGUACAUCAGAGAUCUCAUACAGAUGAUAAACCAUUUCUAUGCUCUGAGUGUGGGAAACGUUUUAUAUAUAAAUCAUAUCUUGCUAGACAUGAGAUAAGUCACACAGGUAUGAAACCAUUUUCAUGCUCUGAGUGUGGGAAAUGUUUUAUACAGAACUCACAUCUUGUUGUACAUAAGAGACAUCACACAGGUGAGAAACCAUUUCCAUGCUCUGAGUGUGGAAAAUGGUUUACAAACACCUCAGAUCUUCUUAGACACCGGAGACUUCACACAGGUGAGAAACAAUUUUCAUGCUCUGAGUGUGGGAAAAGCUUUAUACAGAAAUCAUAUCUUGUUAAACAUCAGAGGACACACACAGGUGAAAAAAUAUUUACAUGCUCUGAGUGUAGGAAAUGUUUUACAAACAAAUCCAGUUUUCUUAACCAUAGUAGACUUCACACAGGUGAGAAACCAUUUUCAUGUUCUGACUGUGGGAAAUGUUUUACGCAUAAGUCAUCUCUUGUGGUACAUCAAAGGAUACACACAGGUGAGAAACCAUUUCCAUGUUCUGAGUGUGGGAAAUGCUUUAGAGAGAAAUCCUAUCUUUCUACACAUAAGAGAAGUCACACAGGUGAGCACCUAUUUCCAUGCUCUGAGUGUGGGAAAUGUUUUACACAGAAAUCCCAUCUUGUUGUACAUCAGAGAAGUCACACAGGUGAGCACCUAUUUCCAUGCUCUGAGUGUGGGAAAUGUUUUACGCAGAAAUCCCAUCUUGUUGUACAUCAGAGAUCUCACACAGAUGAGAAGCCAUUUCCAUGCUCAGAGUGCGGGAAACGUUUUGUACAGAAAUCUCAUCUUGUUGAACAUGAGAGAAGUCACACAGGUGAGAAACCAUUUCCAUGCUUGGAGUGUGGGAAAUGUUUUACACGGAAAUCAGAUCUUCUUAGACAUCAGAAACUUCACACAGGUGAGAAACCAUUUACAUGCUCUGAGUGUGGGAAAUGUUUUACAGAUAAAUCAAAUUUUCUUAAACACCAGAAAGUUCACAUUAUAUGAAUGUAAAUAAUAAAAGCAGACCUGAAUACAUUUACUAUGCACAUACAUUAAUGUAUUUUGAUAUCACUGAGUUAUUGGGCAAUAUUUGCUUUUAUUACAUUUACUUAUAUUACUGUAAAUGUAAUACACAGAUGGUUGUGAAGUUAUAUUUAUUGCAUUUUGAAAUUUUGUGGUGAAAUCUGCAGAGAAUCAGCAAAAGCAGCUGUUUAAUAAAUCUAGUCCACAGUCACCUAGUAUAAUAACGUGUGAUAAUGUUAUUACCAUUCACAGAAAGACAUACAUGUAAUAUGAGUUAUAAAAAUAUGACUGAAAAACA